CGAGUCCGUAACACUGCACACUGGCAAGAGGAGACAACUGCAGCUGUGACUGAAAACGCUGCAUUUUGAUGACCUGCUUUGCAUUUGGACACUUGUAGACCAGAUUUUUUGGUGUUUCAUUAGAGGACUGGCGAGCCUCCGGACUCAAACUCGAAGAGAGAGCAAGACACACCUGAACACAGUGGUGGAUAUUCCUUCCUGCCAGUGUUCAUUCCAACAUAACAAAAACUAUUUCUUAUCACCACUACAUUCGCCAGCCGAGCAGAUCAAGGGCAGGCUCCAAUUUCUGCGAAAAUUGAAUCAGAGGAGCGGAGAGGCAAUACAGCAGAGGCAUUGUAUCUCUGCAAUUGAAACACUAACCAGCUGAAAAUAUCAAAGACUGUCCUGGACAAAGGGUUCCUCUCAAACCUCCCUUUAGGUCUAAGAUCUGCUGUUGAACUAGAAAGUGAUCAAAAGCUGCACAACACUCAGAGAAAAGGGAAGCAAAGUGAAGCACAUACAAGGGCAAAGGAUUGCGUGCAGGUGUCGGUCCUGCCAUGGUGCGUGGAGGUGGCGUGGCCGUAGCUCCGUCCUGCUGGGGCCUUUGGGCAUUUGGCGCCCUUUCGCUGGUGGCACUGUGCUGGUCGGACCAAGCCAUCCGUUGCCCGGUUUGCUCCGAAGAGAGGUUAGCCAGCUGUCGUCUGCCGGAUGGCUGUGAGGAGACUGUGCGGGAGCCCGGCUGCGGCUGCUGCCCGACCUGCGCCCUGGCGAAAGGGGUGCACUGUGGUGUCUACUCGCCCCGAUGUGGCACAGGCCUCCGCUGUUACCCGCCGCGUGGCGUGGAGAGGCCACUGCACUUGCUGAUGCACGGCCAGGGGGUUUGCACUGAUGAGAGAGAGGUGGAGGAGAACUCAGCAAUAGACAGGCAGGACGAGAUCAUCCCGGACCACCCAAACAACAGCAACAUCCGGUGCAGUCCACAGGACAAGCGUUGCAUACAGAAGACCCUGGCCCGACAUCCUCCAAAAUCCACAAAUCAGAGAAGCAACACCGCCAGGGAGGAGACCAAGGCAGCACUGGCUCCAUGUCGUGCUGAGCUACAGAGAGCGUUGGACAGACUGGCGUCGAACAGCCGCACACAUGAUGAUCUCUUUACGAUCCCCAUACCUAACUGUGACAAGAACGGAGAUUUCCACCCUAAACAGUGUCAUCCAGCACGUGACGGCCAGCGGGGAAAGUGCUGGUGUGUGGAUCAGAAAACGGGCAUGAGGCUGCCAGGCCCGCUGGAGCUGCGAGGGGAUCUGGAUUGCCACCAGUUAAUGACCGCUACCCUGAGAGAUUGAAGAGUGGAGAGGCUUUGGGGGUGCAGUACCAGCUGAAUUCUACUGACGUUUAUUAGUAGAACUACACGAGGAAAUGACUUUGCUCUAAAGCCUCGCUUCACCUGAGGCCAACGGUACUUGAGCCUGCGCAACAAAAAGGAAACCAUUGAUUUGAGUUCUUUUGCUAUUUUUUUCUUGUGUGUGAGAGUAUGUGAUAUCUGAGUCUUUUGAGCACUUGUUGUGUAUUGUUUCUACUAUUUGAACUUAAGACCCUUAUGUCUUAAGACACAUGCGCUUUAAAGUUACAGGUGGCAGAAAAAAACUUUCCACAUGUAACAGUUGUAAUUGUGAUUGUUUUUAGAGAACAAAAUAUGUUGUUUUCUGGAGCUUAACAGUAGGGUUUUCUUGAAAAGUAUAAAAAUACAUCACCCAUCAGAUAAUCAGACCAAAAUAUGACAUUUGUUUUAUGCUCUCUGGAGGACUAGACCAGUUGGAAUUACUGCAUCAGGACAAUCCAGAAAGAGUAAUUAAAGGGUUGCGUACUGGUUUUUCACACAAUUUGCAUAAUUGGUUGUAACGUAUGGCUCUUAUUCUACCGCCCUUUAUGUUGUUAACUCAACCCAUCUGGUCAGAAGGUCAAAAUAAAGCACAAAAUGUGUUUGCAAACACAAAGUCUAGUUUAGUGACGACACAACAGUAGCAAUAAAAGAUGGGACGAGAACAGAUAAAAUGAAACAAGAAACAGGGAAACAAAGGAAUGCAACAAACCACUGCUAUGAGUUACUAAAUGAUAAGCUAUAGCUUUUCACAACAUCAAGACCAAAGUGAAAAGUGAGAUAAGUUUGAACAACUGUAUCUCUGAAAGGCCAGAAUAGAUUUGCUUCCUCUCCCUGUGGUUAACUCUGCUUCCUCUUUUUGCCGAAGUGCUCUCUCUAGCAUCGAGCUCCAGAGGGACUUGCAGCAUAGCGGGGCUAGACACUCUGUACACUGCUGAUAGGAUAAUCUUCUUUCUCCAGCUGGUGCUAAGAUGCCAGUGUGACUUUCAUGUUUGGAUGAAUAUGCUUCAACAUACAGGAUUUCUCUCCAAACAGACUGCUUGGCAGACCUUUGGUGGUGCUAUAUACUGAUUGUGCCAAAAUACAAAAAAAAAAAAAGAAAAAAGGAAAAUGGCUUCUGCACUUUUGGGGCAUUUUUUAGGAUUGUAACAGAAAACUGGGAUUUUCAGGAAGUUGAGCAAUUAGCAUCACCAAGUGUGAGGAUCACCUAAAUGUGUGACCAUCUGCACUAGCUAUUGGCAAAGGCUGCUUUCAAUGUGUGUUUUGAAUGUUAUUGUUAAAAUAUAAAAGAAACAUCCCACCUUGGCACUGCACUAUCACUGCAUGUUACGCAGGCGUGAUGUGCUUAAAUAUACAAGCAGAGUGUAAUAAGUUUUGACGAUUAAACUCCUGGCAGCAUAGCAAGUCCUAGUUAACGUGAAUCUUUGAAUGGAGGUGGUGUAGCAGUAAAGAUAGCAUAAUGAUUAUGAGGAAACCACAAUUUCCUCUUUUUAUCUGACAACACUAGUGUUCAGCUUUCAUAGCAUAACUGGUUCUACGUAGCUACUCAAAUAUUUUAGAUACUGUAGGUGAGACUGGUAAUAUUCUUAUAGCAGUUUGAUUGUACAGGCGUCGUUAAUUUCGUGUUCAGGGCAGAGCAGCAGGUUUAAGCUAGUGGUGGUGUUUGGACAGCCUGCCUUAUCUUUUUCAUGGGAAACUUUGGUUAUAAAUGACACAAGCACAAAUUGAUCUUGUGUGGAUAGACGGCCAGUAUUAGUGUUGCUGUCCCACACAGAACAGCAUAAAUGUCAACCUAACAAAUCAUUGGUGUGUAGAUUACAGUGCAGUAUUGUCAGAUAACAGCUAGACAGACAUCACACAGCUUUGUUCUUUCUGUGUCUCCACACACUGAUAUUACCGUAACAUCCGGUAAGCUUUAAAUAGGACUAUUAGAGCACAACACUCUGAAGGGGGGUCCAUUCAGCUCCACACAGUUAUUUAAAAGUGCCAUGAAAACUAUUACUGUUAUCGAUAUUAUAAUGCAUUUUUGCACAUUUUCCAUACUGAAUUUGGUCUAACUUUUUUCCCUAAAAUGCAUAAGAAUAUGCAUAUAUAAAUAGUGAGUGAGUAAAGUAAACUCAUCUCAUUUUGGUGCUUCUCUCAUUCUCUCACUCUCAUUCUGUAAGGUAGAAAAACUUUAGCUGCAAAAUGUAGUUGCUCUCACCCAAUAAUCUCAACACAGAAAGUGGGGACAGUUAAGAUACUGUAUGGGCCAGCCCAAUACCAAAAUUAACAUCAGAAUGAGGAUUUCUCUAAUGUAUCUUCAGUGAAUCCUGAAGCUUCAUGAGGGUAAUAUUUUGGAAAGCAAUCUUUCUACUAUUUGGACACCUAAGAACUCGAAGGGUGUGUUUUCAGUGCACAUAGUCUUCUAUCUUCUGUCUCACUUAUGAAAUUGGAAUAAAAGAACUAAAAGAGAAUUGCAAUGCAUUUUCAAUAGAUUCACAUCCUAUAUGUUUAGCCAUUAUAAAAUAAACUAAUAGAAAUGAUCUAAGGUGACAAAACUACAUACUGCGAGAAACGUAAUCUAAUUAAUGAAGCCAAUGGUCAGUUUUCUGGAAACCAAGAAAAUUCCACUAAAAAAAGGAAAUGUAUCCAAAGGUUGUUGAUAGAAGAUGGUUUGGAUCCAAAAUCAUUGCUACAGCUUAAAAUUGUCAAAAGCCAAAUAUCAUCAAACUUUUUCCAAAGAUUACGAGCAAAGUAUCUGGAGAUAUCAAUACUCAUUCAGUGAACUGCAUGUACAAAAUCAACUAAUGAAGUGUAACUAAACACAUUUCUCUGUUAAUUGUAAUAAUUGAGAGGGCAAAUGGAAAAUGGUUUUGGAUUUGACAUUGUUAAGGCCUCCCAACUACUCAAACUGUGUAUUUACGUAAGCUAUAGUACGUUGCUUGAUCUCUAACAUUGCUGUACUGAACUAUAAUUGCAUUUCUCGAGAAUAGACUGUCCCUGUUUGCCUUUAAUAUUAUAUAUUAACGUGUAGAAGAUAUGAAGUAAUGUUUGCAUGCAUACAAAUCGACCAGGGUUGGAAACAGUCUUGUGUAUCUUGUCCAGAGCAGGACCGUUGUAAUAAAACACUGUGUGUGUGAUGAAAGAACUGAAAUAUAGAAUUUCAACAAAUGAGAUGAUCAGUUACAUUGUAAAUGUUUACCUGAUGAAAUUGUACACAUUGUAAUACAUCAAUUAAAACACUUUA